GCUCCGUAGUCCCUUUCUGGAGCAGAAAACACUUGAGGAGUGCUGUGUGCAGCCAAUCGUCAUUACAUUAAAGGCUGGAAGUAGGAGGCUGGACUUAGGAGUCAAAACAUGGCGAAAUAACAAGUUUCGCAGGUAGAAGCUACGCCGUACCUGGUACCAUUGGACUGCAGUUUCGACCGAGCUGGACGCUGGAGGAGACGACAGUAGCCUUUAAGUUUAGCGAACGGAUGGCUGCAGUCUUUUAAGUGUUACGGACCUAGAGCCUGCCUGUGUUUUCCUCCGGAAGGUUGGCAGUGCUAGGCGCGACUGUCAACACAGAAAAAAUAUGGACUGAGAAGGAAAGUUUAUCCUGGGGAAAAAGCUUGCUAGCUCUGCUACGUUAGCUGCGGGUUGAUGAAAGGCACACACCUGACUCAGUACUCUGAUUACUUUGCGGUCGGCUUGAAAAAGUGGGGUGUUUAUUAUUAUUAUUAUUAUUUUUAGUCGUCGUAUAAAGUUUGACACGAAGAAACAGUGGGAGCUACUUUUUUUUUUUUUCCAGUCUUUUAAGUCAAAUUGUUCGGCUUGGAUUUAACUGCAGUAUUCCGUUCAUGUAAGGCAGCCAGCGCCAGUUUGACGUUCGGUUCUGGUGCGGACGGACCCGGACGCCAUCACAUCACAGACGUUGCGUUCUUCUUAAAAAACAACCACUGCGUUGAACAAGCCCGCAAAUUUCUUUUAUAUAUUAAUUGUCAGCACAAUUAAAUAGUGCUCUUCCGUCAAAAUCGGGUAGGAGUUUUUUUUUUUUUUUUUCUUGUCAUUUUCUCUGCUUGCAUAAUUUUACUAGGGAUGUUUUACAGCGGCAGAGACGCGGCGUCUUGUCAAAAUGAACGCAGUAAGGUGUUCAACAACACUGGAGGUGCGCUGCGUUUAAAACCAACCAGUUAUUAGCUCGGUACUAAUGGCCGGCUGAACUGGAACGGUGCCAUUUUGUUAAAAAAAAAAAAAAAAUCUUAUUUUACAUUCGUUGUGUUUCAAUCAGAAUUUCUAGCUGACAUUUUUCUAAAUCAGCUGCGGAAAACAUUACAGCUCUCGGGCAGAGUUGACGUGAGCUAGCCUGCUGGGUGCGUCUGAAGCAGCCCCUGGGAUGGACUUGCUAUAUUGAAGUGUUCCGCGUUGAUAUAUAAAAUCAGUUUUCCUGUAUGAUAUUGAUAGAUUAGGCUCGUGGGCAGCCAUUUAUUUCUUCCUGUCAAAGUUCUUCUUGUGUAAUAAGUGGCUAACUUGUUAGCUAACGUCAUAAGUUUGGCCAGCUAUGUCUGAAAACGCCCCCACACGAAGCCUGGAUGACAUAGACCUCGCAGCUCUCAGGGAUCCAGCAGGAAUCUUUGAGCUGGUCGAGGUUGUCGGCAAUGGGACGUAUGGGCAAGUGUACAAGGGCCGUCAUGUGAAGACGGGCCAACUGGCCGCCAUCAAAGUGAUGGAUGUGACGGAGGAGGAAGAGGAAGAGAUCAAAGCAGAGAUCAACAUGCUGAAGAAAUACAGCCACCACCGCAACAUAGCCACGUACUACGGUGCCUUUGUGAAGAAGAGCCCGCCAGGACACGACGAUCAACUUUGGCUGGUGAUGGAGUUUUGUGGAGCCGGAUCAGUGACUGACCUAGUGAAGAACACUAAAGGCAGCUCUCUGAAGGAGGACUGGAUUGCUUACAUCUGCAGAGAGAUCUUAAGGGGCCUUUCUCACCUCCAUGCCCAUAAAGUUAUCCACAGAGACAUCAAAGGCCAGAACGUGCUGCUAACGGAGAAUGCGGAGGUCAAACUAGUUGAUUUUGGGGUGAGUGCCCAGCUGGACAGGACUGUGGGGCGGAGGAACACCUUCAUCGGCACUCCUUACUGGAUGGCGCCUGAGGUCAUCGCCUGUGACGAGAAUCCGGACUCCACAUACGACUUUAGGAGUGAUAUUUGGUCCUUGGGGAUAACGGCCAUCGAGAUGGCAGAGGGAGCUCCUCCUUUGUGUGACAUGCACCCAAUGAGGGCCCUCUUUCUGAUUCCAAGGAACCCCCCUCCAAAGCUUAAGUCCAAGAAAUGGUCAAAGAAGUUUAUCGACUUUAUAGAAGGCUGUCUCGUCAAGACGUACCACAGCCGGCCUAGCACAGAGCAGCUGCUCAAGCAUUCGUUCAUCAGAGACCAGCCCACAGAACGUCAGGUCCGAAUUCAGCUCAAAGACCACAUUGACCGCACGCGCAAAAAGAGGGGAGAGAAAGAAGAGACGGAGUAUGAGUACAGCGGUAGCGACGAAGAGGAUGAAAACCGUGGAGACGAUAGAGAAUCAAGUUCCAUCCUCAACGUGCCUGGCGAGUCCACCCUGAGGCGGGACUUCCAGCGGCUGCAGCAGGAGAACAAGGAGCGCACGGAGGCCCUCAAGAGGCAGCAAGCCCAACUGGCCGCCCAGCGCCGAGAUCCCGAGGAGCACAAGAGGCAGCUGCUGCACGACCGACAGAAACGCAUCGAAGAGCAGAAGGAACAACGGCGCCGACUCGAAGAGCAACAGAGAAAAGAGCGAGAGAUGGUGAGGCAGCAAGAAAAAGGCCCCCACCGGAGACUCGACGAUAUGAGACGGGAGGAAGACAGGAGGCUGGCAGAGAGGGAGCAGGAGUUUAUCAGGCACAAGUUAGAAGAAGAGCAGCGGCAGCUAGAAAUCCUUCAGCAGCAGUUGCUUCAGGAGCAGGCGCUGCUUAUGGAGUAUAAGCGAAAGCAGCUGGAGGAGCAGCGGCAGUCGGAGCGGCUGCAGAGGCAGCUGCAGCAGGAGCAUGCCUACCUGGUGUCUCUGCAGCAGCAGCAGGAAAAGAAGCCCCAGCUUUAUCACUAUAACAAAAACCUGGAGCCCAACAACAAACCCACCUGGGCCCGAGAGGUGGAGGAGCGAAGUAAACUAAACAGACAAGGGUCACCGAAAAUCUGCACCACCGUCUCUGACACUGCCAUCCAGUCGCGCUCUGACUCCAUCAGCCAGUCGGGAAUGGUUCAGUCUGCACAAACGCCUCCAAUGCAGAGGCCAGUUGAACCCCAAGGUGGUCAAGGAAAGUUCCAGAUGGCUCACUUGGUUCCACUGAAGCCGUACGCUGCCCCUGUCCCUCGCUCUCAGUCCCUCUGUGACCAGCCAACUAAGAACAUGUCCGCCUUCCCCACCCAGGACCCCUCCCUCGCCCCCACGCCCCGCCCCAUCCACUCCAGAGAGCUUGUACGUCAGAACUCUGAUCCCACUUCUGAAACCCCGGGGCCGCAGUUGCAUCAGAUCAGGGAGGAUCGCGGCCCCUGGAUCCGGCUGCCAGAUGUAGAGCUCCCACCCAAGAUUCCUCAGAGAACUGCGUCCAUUGCCACGGCUCUUAACACCAACCUUACCUCUGGCAUUAGGCAUCCAGUAAGAGCCAGCAAUCCAGAUCUCAGCCGCAAUGAUCGCUGGGAGAGAGGAGACAGUAUGAGCAUCAUAUCUGGUCUUCCCCAAACGGGCUCUCUAGAGAGGCACCGCAUCCUCAGUACCUCCAAAAUGGAUUCACCAAUACUCUCCCAUGAAAGUCGCCACAAGCCGGGGGAAUCCCGUACAUCCUCUCGUCCUGGGCGACCUGCUAGCUACAAGAGGGCUAUAGGGGAGGACCAUGGGCUCUACGCUAAGGAGCGUGCCGAGGAGCCUCCGCGUCCCCCUGUCAAGGCCAAUGAUUACUCCUCAUCUUCAGAGAGCAGCGAGAGUAGUGAAGAAAGCGAGAGCGGCGAGGGACCAGAGGAGGAGAGCCCGACUGAUCGCCACAGAGAUGCAGACAGUGAUUCAGUCAACACCAUGGUGGUUCAUGAAGAUGAGGGCGAGGUGGGAGAGGGAGAGCAAGCUGGAGGAUACGGGGAUCAGACCAUGCUGGUUCAGAGAACCCCAGAGAAGAGGAGCCAUAACGGAUACACUAACUUGCCAGAUGUGGUGCAGCCCUCCCACUCUCCCACCGAUUCAGCCUCUCACUCCUCUCCAGGGAAGGACUCCGUUUAUGAUUAUCAAUCCAGGGGUUUGGUGAAGGCAUCUGGCAAGUCUUCCUUCACCACCUUCGUGGAUCUUGGCAUGUAUCAGUCACCAGGUGGCACAGGGGACAACGUGUCAAUCAGCGGCUCCAGAUUUGAGCAGCUGAAGAUGGAAGUGAGGAAGGGAUCCAUGGUGAAUGUCAAUCCUACCAACACGCGCCCUCCUAACGACACACCUGAGAUCCGCAAGUACAAGAAGAGGUUCAACUCUGAGAUCCUAUGUGCUGCACUCUGGGGUGUGAACCUGUUGGUGGGCACAGAGAACGGCUUAAAGCUGCUGGACCGCAGUGGCCAAGGAAAAGUUUACCCACUCAUCAACUCCCGCAGGUUCCAACAAAUGGAUGUUCUGGAGGGACUCAACCUGCUCAUCACAAUAUCAGGCAAGAAGAACAAGGUGCGUGUGUAUUACCUGGCAUGGCUGAGGAAUAAGAUCCUUCACAAUGACCCGGAGGUGGAAAAGAAGCAAGGCUGGACCACUGUGGGAGAAAUGGAGGGCUGUGUGCACUACAAAGUGGUGAAAUACGAGAGGAUAAAGUUCCUGGUGAUUGCUUUGAAGAAUGCGGUGGAGGUUUAUGCGUGGGCGCCCAAACCUUAUCACAAAUUCAUGGCCUUCAAGUCUUUUGCAGACUUGCCACACAGGCCUGUACUGGUUGACCUGACUGUAGAAGAGGGCCAGAGGUUGAAGGUCAUCUACGGUUCCUGCGCUGGGUUCCACGCCAUCGAUGUAGACUCUGGAAAUAACUAUGACAUUUACAUCCCUGUUCAUAUCCAGAGCCAAGUGACUCCACACGCAAUUGUGUUCCUGCCCAACUCUGACGGCAUGGAGAUGCUGCUUUGCUAUGAGGACGAAGGUGUUUACGUCAACACCUACGGACGGAUCAUUAAAGACGUCGUCCUGCAGUGGGGCGAGAUGCCCACGUCCGUUGCUCAUAUCUGCUCCAACCAGAUCAUGGGAUGGGGUGAAAAGGCCAUCGAGAUCCGCUCUGUGGAGACCGGUCACUUGGACGGGGUCUUCAUGCACAAGAGAGCUCAGAGACUGAAGUUCCUUUGUGAAAGAAAUGAUAAGGUGUUUUUUGCUUCCGUGCGUUCAGGAGGCAGCAGCCAGGUGUACUUCAUGACCCUGAACAGAAACUGCAUCAUGAACUGGUGAAGCGGCAGCUGCUUUGGUCAGUGCGUAGAACCCAGCAGAGCCGACAUUCUUGCUAACGCAUGCACACAAUUUGCAAACACUGCUCUCUUUUACCCUGAAGCUCCUGCAUACUUGCGUGCUCCAACCGCAAACGCAAAGACAUCCAGAACUCGCACAGAAAAAGCAGAAAACAAAACAAACAAAAAAAAAACCCACUCCACAGACAUAAACUCUAGAUCCAUUCCAGCCUUAACUGCUUAAGGUACAGUUAAUACAGAGACCCCCUGCUGGCAGUCUGCUGGGAAUCAUCACGAAAAACCGCAGAUGAGAUUCAAAUGUCGAUAUCCGUAAUUAAUUUAGACUCUGUGUAUAUAAACUAGCUUGAUUCUGUUCUCUUUGUGAAGCUGUCUUCUUUAGUUUGAUCCACUUAGUUUCUACUUGUGACGUACGUUAACAUUCCUAUAUUUGAGGAAGGCAUUAUUUUUCAAGUACUGUGUUCAAAAUCAACAAUAUAUCGCCUGAGACUUGGACGAGAAUCUGUUUCAAACUUGAAGUGCUGAAGAGUCCAUGUGCUGCGGUGCACAGACCUUAUUUGUUCAGAGGUUUGCCGUUUUGACAUGAAGUUGUUCCGUAUCAAGAUUGACCACAAACAUUUGAUGUAUUACAACAACAUGAGCAAAACCUAGGUGAAGCGGUUAUUAGUAAACCCUGUUUUUUUGUUUUGUUUUGUUUUUUUCUGUCGCAGCAAUCAGGCCUUGAAUCUUUUAAAUGUAAAUUAAAUUUCAGUUCAAUAUUAAUAAAUGUUAAAUCUA